GCCGUCAUUCUGCUCGCCUGUGAUUGGAUCCCAAGACAUGCUAACGGUGCAGAAAUACGAUCUGAUUUCGUGAGCUCGAAAAGGGCGCGCUGCCGGGACGAGGAGGUUUGUUGCGCAGAGGAAAGACGGUAUGUAGCAGCGUCGCGGGCGCGAUGUGUGACGAGGUGGAGGUUCGGAGAUGUGCGACCCGUGGUUGGAGGGGCCUGUGGAUCGCGACUUCCUCCACCGAGCGCGCCCUACCGCUGAUACCUGGCCGUAGAUAGUAGUCGCGACGGUAUAAAGGUUGGAAGGACCAGCCCGUUCGUGUAGACGAUACAUUGCCAUUGCUGCCCAGGUGCGACAUUAGGGGAUACGGCCAGAACGACGCACGGGUUUGACUUGCCUCGGCCAUGCAUCACGAAAUCGUCGCCCUGGAGCGCAUCCACCAACCCCUCCCUGAGACCUUCGACUUCCCCGCCGGCACCACCUACACCCUAACAACCCACGAUACCACGCCCACGAGAGAACUGCUACAUGCCCGCAUUCGGCAUGCUACUAUUAUCGUCGUCACCACGCUGAAACUCGAUGCCGAAACGCUUUCCGCCGAUGUGACCCCGACCCUGAAGCUAGUCGCCGUGAUGGCGACGGGCACAGACCCCGUCGACCUCGAAGCCUGCAAGAAGCGCGGGCUUCGCGUGACAAACACGCCAGCUGCGAAUCUAGACGCCGUUAGCGAGCAUGCCAUCAGUCUGUAUUUCGCCGCGCGGAGGCGGAUAGCCUUCAUGGACGGGCUGACGAGGCAGGUGCCGAGCGAGUGGAAGAAGAAUGGGAGUCUGAAUAAGUAUAUGCGCUUCGCGGACGGGAAGCCGCCAUUGACGUGUAGGGAUGAGGUUAUGGGCAUCGUGGGAUACGGCGGGCUUGGGAAGAGGAUUGCGACGCUGGGACGCGCCCUCGGCAUGGAAGUCCUGAUCGCAGCGCGAAAGACAUCGUCCGAAACCGCGCUCAAUGGCGUAUUACCGGCCCCUGACCCUUCUGAGGCUCGCCUCCCCUUCGAAGAAGUCCUGCGCCGCUCGACCGUCGUUGUCCUGUCCCUCCCUCGAAACCCACAGACCAUGAACCUCCUUUCUACCGCCGAGUUCGCCCAGAUGUCGCCGUAUGCCAUAUUAGUAAACAUAGCACGAGGGGGUAUAGUCGAUGAGGCUGCAGUGGUAGAGGCACUGAAAGACGGGCAGAUAGCAGGCUACGCAACAGAUGUGUUUGCAAAGGAGCCAGCUGAGGGCGCUGGAGAUACACCACUGUUGGGUGACGAAGCAAAGGGCUUGAAUAUCACCAUGACGCCGCACCUAGCGUGGUUCGCCCAGAGAACGUUGAAGAAUCUCGGGCAAAUACUGAAGAACACAAUCGAGGCGUGGGCAGGUGGUAAAGAGAUUAACGUCAUCGUCUAAGGGAAAAGCAACGUAGAAAUAAAAGAUAGAGAAGCUCCGCAAAAUUACAAGAACAGCAAAAAGAAAACCUUCAGCGACCCCAUAAUCCACUCAGGCUUCAAGCACCUUCGCGGAAGAUUUCGAAGAUCUUUAGAAUUAUGCACAAAGACAAAAU